UUGCGAUACGGUGACACAUAUUACGUUCCGGUCACAUUACAUAAGAUUCCAGUUUCGGUAUUUCACGUGGACGUGGCACAAUGAGCGCCCAGGGAGAACCAACUUCAGCAAGCGAAGCUGUAUUUAAAAAAUCUGGUGAUCUUCCUGUCGAGGAAAGGAUCGUAGUUGAGGGAUAUGAUUUCAAUGGAGGAAUCAACUAUGAGAAAAUCCUUGGAAGCUACAUACGGACCGGCUUUCAAGCUACGCACUUCGGUCGAGCGGUACAUGAAAUAAACUCCAUGCUUGAAAGCCGAAAGAUGCCACUCACAGAAGAGCAGCGUGAUGUUUGCGAAGCCGACGAAUUCGUCCGCAGGAAAUAUGGGUGCACGAUCUUCUUAGGAUACACGUCAAACAUGGCUUCUGCAGGAAUUCGAGACAUCAUCAGGUUCCUCGUUGAAAACAAACUGGUUGACUGCAUAGUGACAACAGCCGGUGGUGUUGAGGAAGAUCUCAUCAAAUGCAUGGCACCAACCUUUGUGGGCGACUUCAGCUUAAAGGGCAGUUUGCUUCGUGACCGCGCCAUUAAUCGAAUUGGCAAUCUCCUCACCCCGAAUGACAACUACUGUCAUUUCCAAGACUGGUUCACCCCAGUCCUGAAUGAAAUGCUCGACGAGCAGAAACAUCAGAACAAAAUCUGGUCACCAUCUGCGAUGAUCGAGCGAUUUGGGAUCAAAAUCAACGAUCCUCGUUCAAUAUGCUAUUGGGCCGCAAAAAACAAGAUACCCAUUUUCUGCCCUGCUUUGACGGAUGGCUCGAUGGGGGACAUGAUCUACUUCCAUUCGUUCCGCAACCCAGGCCUGAUCGUCGACAUAGCGCAAGACAUACGCAGGGUCAAUACCAUGGUGGUGAAAGCCGUCAAGUCCGGAAUGGUGAUCGUCGGCGGUGGGCUUGUGAAGCAUCACGUGUGCAACGCCAACAUGAUGCGGAACGGAGCAGAUUACGCGGUGUACAUCAACACGGGGAGCGAAUACGACGGGAGCGACUCUGGGGCGUCGCCGGACGAGGCGGUCUCGUGGGGGAAGAUCCGUUGUGAGGCGAAGCCCGUCAAAGUAACAGCCGACGCAACUUUAGUAUUCCCCCUCCUUGUAGCGCAGACUUUUGCAAAGUACCACAACGAUGUGGUCCGAAGUAAUAGCGAAGGGUAAAGCGACGUCGGAGGAAUGUUUUUUGUCUCGAGCGUACCUCUGAUGGUGCACUGAACCAUGAUAGCGCCUCAGCUUCUGAUAGUAGUCUCAGGUAUACUAACUUGAAACUUUGAGUCUACCAAUUACAGUGUAUCACAGGCCACCUGUACAGCACGUUGUGAGGUUUCGCUAGAGGUUAUACCCAUGGAUCUAUGCAGAUAUCUGAGUGACAUCCUAGUCACCGGAUAGAAACAUACCAUAGUUUCAUGCGUAUAAGCCGCUCCGCAGGUAAGCCGCAGGACCCAUUUUUAGUAACAAGCGGUAAAAACCGGGCGGUUUGGUGGUACAUUCUAACAGCGAUAAAGCUCCAGUUUCACCACCUAUCCUCUAAAUGAAUGCAAGCACUCAACAUGAAGGAUUUAGAGGAUAGGUGGUGCGACACGUUACGGAGUCGUCCAUGGUGGAAAAGUACUUCGGUCAGUGCUUUGUGUGUGUGUUUCGUCUUUCAUGUCCUCUGCACUGGGCUUUUAUUGCUUUUUAGUAACGUUUUGAAAAUUUUCGGGCAGAUAAGCCGCGGGCAAUAGGAUGCGACUGAUUUGUGUGACAAAGGAGACCAUAGAGGAGGCCAUAACCCCUGUGGUCCAUACUCCGAGGUCGGCAUGGUUAGUGCCCUACCAUGAUUGGAUUGUGCCCUUGUUGCAUGUUUUUUGUGACAAAAAGAAACAUUCCUCCGAUUACCUUUUUUGAGCAUCAGGAAAAUGCAUCGUAGAAAAUCCUGCAGUCGUUGGAAAGAUGAUCAGGGAAACUUCCCUCCUGUCGAGUAGAGGAAAUAACAUGCACAAAACAUAUUUCAUUACGUACAUUUACCAACUUAUAUUUUACUUUUGUUUAUUGGUACUUACAACUGUCUUCUGUCCUCGUGACGGUAUUUACAACUGUUCGAGACUCUCGCGUAAUUGCGGCGCACAUUUGAGUGUUCAGUGCUUUAGGUCCAGAACAUCUGUCUAUCUCUCAAAUCUCCCCAAAUCAUUGGACAAAUCUCCCCAACACAUUGCAACGUAUGAAGUAGGACCACUGGUUUUGUCAACAAUACAUCCCCACAAAAUGUUGCAUGAUCCUGUAAACCAUUGCUUCCUAGUUGAGUAGUGUGAAAUACCACAUUGAAGGCACCUAUGAGUGUGUAAUUUUAAAAGAUAAAGGGAAAGAGUGUUUGGGCUAGGCUCAUGUUGAGAGGGGAGUUUGUUUGUGGUUAGGUUAUCUGCAUUCAGAGUCUGCGCAUCUGGUUCACGAAAGACUCCCCUCUAACACAAGUGGGAUAGCCCGGGCCCCCUCUCCCUUCACCUUUCCCUAGUACCGCUGGGGUGGCUCUGCCGCAUCUCCUGCCGAUGAAACUGCUAUUGUUAAGUACGCUUUAAGCUGUACACAUUUCAUACAGGUCCACUGUUUGUAUGCUUGCAUAAAUACAAACUUUACUGCAUCGCAUGCACAAUGAAGCAUAUCCCUCCAUACAAACCUCCUCUGUGCAACCCUGCCUCCUCCUCCAUUUGCAAGUUCUCUGGGGAAAAUUAAAUAAAGGAAUACUACGUGC